UCCAUUAGCGGCAUGCAGGCGGCGAGCAGGCCACGGGAGCCAGGUAAGGGCAGCCUGGCCCUGGGCCCUUGGAGUCUUCCACUGGCCUACCUAGGUUGCAGGGGAGAAGAGGGAACAGUAAGGUGGCAGAGCUGGGGCCCUGCUCCUAACUCAUUGUGAGACCUCUGGGCAUCAGUUUCUUCAUCUAUAAAAUGGGCAUAAUGCCCAUGCAGUCCCCCUUUUGGGGACAGGGAUGUCAAGACAGGUAAGUGUUCAGUGGCUUAUCUCAACCCCUCUCCUGCCCCACUAAGCCUGGCUGGUGGAGAUCCUUAAGUGCAGACUUCUUUCCCAGGACCAGGACUGUCACUCCCACUUCCUGCCUUACAGGUAUGGCCUUGGGACCCAGGUGUUAGGCAAGUCCAGACCUCAGACUAGCUGGCUGGGAAACAGAAGAUCUAGUGCAGGGCAUCUGGCAUCCAAGGCCCUGGCCACAUGAGCCCCUUUCCUGGGCUAGGUUUGUGUGUCCUUGGAUUUCUGGAUCUGUGGUCAGCGUGUGAGAGAGUGGCACUGCCCAGGUCCCUGUGAGGCCAAGGUACAGGAGGAGGGGGGUGAGGCGGAGCCUCAGCGCUGGGGAAGUCCCCUAAGGGGGGCCAGGCCCCACCCCUCCAGGGCGAACUCAGGCUCAGGCUGUGCCCCACUGGCUCUUCUGGUCACUCACCCUCACUGGCUCCUUCUGGAGGGAGGUUCUGGCCUGGGUGAGUCAAAAGUCCCUUCCUGACCCAUCUGCCUGGCUGUCCUGUGAAGGCCAACAACACCCCCUCCUACCCAGGACUCCCCAGGAUUCAGGGCUGUGCUGAGCCCAGGCUGCAGACUGCCCCUCAGCAUCCCCCUCCCCUAUACCCCCAGACGAGGCCCCACCGGAGGCCUUGAUGGGCUUAAGGGGAAAGGAGCCAGGGGUGACCACCUGUCCCUGCGUUCGUUUGUUCCUUCUCCAUGUCCCUCAUCUCAGAAACCCUCAACUCAUUUGUCCUCUGAAAGAACCCAUGGGGCCCAGCCUCCCUACCCCCACCCCCACCCCGCUUCUGAGCCAGCGCUUUUGAGGAACACCCUCAACCCCCUCAGCAGCUCUUCCCACCUGCCUUGCCCCUUGAGUCCCACACUCCCCACACCUGCUAACCUUGCUGUGGCAGAGGCCCGGCUAGAAAACUCCAAACAACCCACCUCCACUUCACCCCCUUCUUCCAGGAUGGAGGAUAUCAUGGCCUGGCACCUCCUCGGGGCUGGGGCCUUCACAUCACAGGAGCGUCCACCGAGCUCUCUGCUGCUUGCUUUCUCCUGAGUGUCCUAUCCACUGACCAGCUUAAGUCUCUCGCUAAAAAAAACUAAAAGCCCAUGACCACCUCUGGGCACCUCCCUCCCCUUCAUGACUUAGCUCCCCGUGUCCACUCUCUCUGAGUCUACCUCACCUUCCUUCACCCAUCAACUCCAACAGACUACUCAGCACUCUUGCCAAGGCUUGUCCAUCUCUCCACCCCUGCUCUCUGUUGCUAACCUGGCAGCCAGCCGUUUCUAACUCAUACUUAUUUGCCUUAGCCAGCUCCACACUGCUGGUCUUGGCUCCUGAAAUGCUGCCCUCGCCUCCAGCUUCUUCUCUGUCUCUUUCCCACACAUGCUUAAAAGCAGGGCCCCUCAGACCUCAGUCACUGAUGUCCUGGCCUCCCUCUCACCAUCUGCUGAUCCCUCACAGCUGCCUGUCUGGUCCAGCCUCUCCUCCAAGUCCCAGACCUAAGGGUCUGAAACAAGAGAGCUUCGGGAGACUACUUCCUGAUAAGCGAUGUCGUGGGCACUGUGGAGUCUCAGCUUCCUUGUCUGUAAAAUGAGAGUGACAGCGGUACCCUCUUCCCAAGGUUGUGGAUAGUGCAAUGUGGCCUGGUAGUUGUGAACACAGGCCCCACGGUCAAGAAUGGGGUCUGUCGUGCCCUCACCGUGGGGUCUUCAGUGUGUGACCCAACCUCUCCAAGACAGAGCCCUUACCUGUAAAAUGGAAAUAACCAUCCCCGUCUUAGGUAUUGUGGAAUCCAGGGAGAUGGCACAGGGGAGCAUGUGGCACCAAGCCAGGCACACAGUGAACAGUCGGCAGUGUUGGUUAUUUUUAUUAUUUUCAAAACGCAGAUCUGGUCACAGCAUUUCUACCUGCUUCAAACCCUGCAGUGGCUCCCCAUCCCCUGAGGGACCAAACUCCCAUCCCAGCCUUCACAGCCUCCAUGGGCCAGUCCCCUGCUGGCCAGCCUGGCCGCUGCCCGCUCACGUGCCCUCACCACCCUAUUCUGACUGUACAACUUCCCUGUUAGGCCUCUCACCGCUUGAGCAAUGCACAUGCUGGUAGGAGCACUGUUCCCACUUCCAUAUGAUUAACACCCUCCCCUCUGCCAGGUCUCCCUCAUCCAUCAGGGAAAGCUUCCCUGGUAGCCCGGGCUGGCACCCUUGCCUUUGCAGCCCCUCACAGCAGUAGUUUUCCCAUCUCUCCCCUGUGACUUUGGGAGUGGGUCUGUUUCUCACCCCCUAGUGCCUAGCACAGUGCCUGGCACACAGUAAACACAAAUACUUGAGGAAUGAACAAAAGAGAGACUUGUUCCUAGGCACCCACUCUGCCCGCUGCAGAAGCUGGGGACCCUGAGUGGGAGGCAGGACCCUGAACCAGACAGAGAAGGGGCGGUCUGGAUGACCACUGGGGAGCACUGUCCCCAAGGCCUAGGCCCCAGAAACCAGGAGUAGUCACGCGGCAGGCCCUUGCUGCCAGAGACUGCUCCAGGUCACCUUACCAGAGCAGACAAGAAGGGGACUGUGACAACUCACCGGGAGUAAUAAUAACAGAAGGCCUGCCAGGCCAGUCCUGUGCUAUUUCUCCAUCUCACCCAUCCUCACAUCCACUGGCACAUGGAGGCUACAUGCCCCGCUGCGGGCCCCGUCCACAGUCCUGCAUCUGGGCAUCAGGGCAGAAAGAUGUGCCCAAUGGGAAGAUGCAGGCCCUUGUGGCUGGCAGUCACCUUCCAAUGACAGACAAACCCCAGGGGCCAAGGACCCUCAACUCGGGAUAGGCAGGGGUGUGGCUGUGGGAGGCAGCCUUGAGCAACAAGGGCCCGCCCUGUCCCCUCCUUCCUGGAAGUCACUGACCUCUGGGCCUCAGUUUCCAGAAACAUCACCUGGAGCUGGAAGGGGUGGGGCUGGACUCUGCAGUGGGGCCCUGCCAUUCUUCCUGGGGGCUCUUCUAAAGGGGUGUUUUCACUCACUGUCUCAAAUUCCUUUUUUCCAUUCUUUUUUUAAAUGUUACUUUGUUAGAAUCAUACCGGUUCUCCCCAGUGCAUUAUUCAUGCUUCUGUGAGCCAGCCAGCUCCAGUUACACUGACCGCAGCCCUGGGCACCAGCCCUGCCCACUCCCUACCCCACUGGCCCAGGACCUGGAGGGUUCAAGGUUCCCCUCCAAGGCCACUCAGCAGGCUUUCAGCAUCCAGGCUGGGGUUCAGAGGCCCCAGGGUCCACUUCCAGCCCAGGUCAGACAUGCUGGGUGGCUUAGGGCAGGUGACUGCCCCUGAGUCCCAGCAUCCUUCUCUGUGAUAAGGUGAUGAUAAAAGCUCUAACUUGAGUGUAUUUGAGCCAGUUUAUGCACACCAACGGCUUCGCACAUUAGGAGGGCUUCAUAAAUGUCAGCUGUAGUUGCUGUCGUGAUGACCAUAAGGCCAGAUGCCUCCCCACCACCUCCCAGUCCAAAAGGCCUCAGCCACUCCCUGCUCCUGGUAAACAACACCGCCACACUUUCCACCACCACUUGAAGGUGAAACCCAAGUCCAUGCUGGGAGGAGAUGAAUUAUGGAUUCGCCCCUAGAAACCCUGGCCCCAGCAAGCUGGCUGGGCCUCCCUGUGGCAGCCCCAGCCAGUCCUGGCUGCUCUGUGCUGGAGGAGGCCAGUCCCAGCUGCUCUGUGCUGGAGGAGGCCAGUCCCAGCUGCUCUGUGCUGGAGGAGGCCAGUCCCAGCUACUCCCUGCUGGAAGAGGCCUCCUGUCCAGCCCUGGGCAGGAGACUGAGAGGACCCUGCAUCUCCAAGCCCCUGAGCCUGAGAGGCCAGCCCUAGGCCCACAGGGAGCAGGCAGCCACCAUGGCAAAGGAGGAAGAUGAUGAGAAGAAGGCCAAGAAAGGGAAGAAGGGAAAGAAGGCUCCUGAACCCGAGAAACCAAAACGGAGCUUGAAGGGGACGUCACGACUGUUCAUGGGCUUCCGCGACCGCACGCCCAAGAUCUCCAAGAAGGGCCAGUUCCGGAGCGCGUCGGCCUUCUUCUGGGGCCUCCACACCGGCCCGAAGAAGACCAAACGCAAGAAGAAGGCGCGGACCGUGCUCAAGUCGACGUCGAAGCUCAUGACGCAGAUGCGGAUGGGCAAGAAGAAACGAGCUAUGAAGGGCAAGAAGCCAUCCUUCAUGGUGAUCCGCUUCCCUGGCCGCCGUGGCUACGGCCGGCUGCGGCCACGCGCCCGGUCCCUCAGCAAGGCCUCCACGGCCAUCAACUGGCUCACCAAGAAGUUCCUCAUCAAGAAGGCCGAGGAGUUGGGCAGCGAGCAGGCCACGCUGGACGCCUGGCUCAACCGCUCGGGCUCCCACGGUUCGUACAAGCUGCACUUUCCAUCAGGAGCCGAGAUCCUGCGCCACGGGGGUCGCCUGCGCCGCUUCCCGCGCAGCCGCAGCAUCUACGAGUCUGGCGAACCUGUGGGCUUCUUGCCCUUCGAGGACGAGGCCCCGUUCAGGCCAUCAGGCUCACGUAGGUCGCUGUACGGGCUCGAGGGUUUCCAGGACCUGGGCGAGUACUACGACUACUACCGGGAGGGUGACGACUACUACGACCAACAGUCGCUCUACCAGUACGAGGAGCAGGAGCCCUACCUGGCCGGCUACGGCCCCUACAACCCAGCCUGGCCCCCCUAUGGUGGCGACCCCUACUAUGGGUACCCGCCAGAGGACCCCUAUGACCACUACCCUGCCGACUAUUACGGGGACUCCUACCCACCGUACCCCUAUGGCUACAGCUAUGGCUACGACGACUAUGAGCCCCCCUAUGCACCCCCAUCAGGGUAUGCGUCUCCCUACAGCUACUAUGAUGGGUACGAGGGUGAGGCUUACCCGUACAGCCACCACCUGGACCCCUAUACACCUUACUACAUGCCCUACCCACCCUAUAACCUUCCUUACGAGAUACCCUACUUUGAUCACUAUGGGGUCCCCUACAGCAUUCCCUAUGCUGAAAGCAUCUAUGGUGGCGGGGCUGAGGCCAUCUACCCACCCGAGACACCCUACCUUUACCCAGAGGAGUCGGCCUUCAUGUACCCGUGGGUUCCACCACCCAUACUAUCACCCCACAACCCAUACGCCCACCCAAUGGACGACAUCGCAGAGCUGGAAGAGCCCGAGGAGGCAGGUGGAGAGCGGCAGGGCACUUCCUUCCGCCUGCCCAGUGCAGCCUUCUUUGAGCAGCAAGGCAUGGACAAGCCCGCCAGGUCCAAGCUGUCCCUCAUCCGCAAGUUCCGCCUCUUCCCGCGGCCCCAGGUGAAGCUGUUUGGGAAGGAGAAGCUGGAGGUGCCCCUCCCGCCUUCCCUGGACAUCCCACUGUCCUUGGGGGAGGCGGACGAAGAGGAGGACGAGGAGGAGAUGACCCCGGUGUCCUACCGCCAUCCCUUUUGGGGCUUCCUCACGCCGCGCCAGCGCAACCUGCAGCGUGCCCUGUCGGCUUUCGGGGCUCGCCACGAGUUUGGCCGUCUCCCAGCCCGGCCGGCCACCUCCCUGGCCCGCUUUCUCAAGAAGACACUGUCGGAGAAGAAGCCUAUCCCGAGGCUCUGGGGCAGCCAGAAAGCGGGUGCGAGGGCGCCGGCCGUCCGAGAGGCGGCCUACAAGCGCUUCGGCUACAAGCUGGCGGGCAUGGACCCGGAGCACCCGACCACGCCUAUCUCGCUGCGGCGCGUGCAGCCGCGCGCAGGCAACAACUCGCGCCCUCCUCCCGCGCCUGCGCCCGCGCCCUGGGGCGCGCCCGUGUCACCGCCCGCGCCACGCCGCGCGCCCGCGCCCCUGGGCCCUUCGAGGCCUGACUCGCCCGGUGGCUCUGUGCGAAGACAUCCGCCGCCUUGGGCUGCCCCAGCGCACGUGCCACUUGCGCCGCAGGCGAGCUGGUGGAGCUUCGUGGAGCCCCCGCCCGUGCGCCCCGAGGGCGCUGCGGACAAGCUGGCCUUCCCCGGGCCCCGGCCCUCUCUCACGGUGUCCCGCAGGAGAGGCCAGGCCUCCGCGUUCACAGGCCGCUCACCGCAGAUCUCGCGCCGGCUGUGCUGGCACUCGCUGCCCUCGCCGCAGCCCUCACUAAGAAGCCUGCCGGGCCCCGGCUACGGCUCGCCCAGGGGGCCCCUUUCCCCACAGCCCUCUCUCCGCUUGGGCCCCUUCCAGCCGCCUUUCUCGCCACUGCCCUGCCGGCCCCGCUCGCUUCGGGAGCCGCUAACCCCGCGCAGCAGCUCCAGGCGCCUGGGUUCGCCCCGGCCGCCCCCGCGAUCUGUCGGCCAGAGGCUGCCUGCGUCCCCCCCUCUGCUGGGUCCCAGCCUCGGGCGCCGCUCCCUAAACCUGCCUUCGCGCCUCCCGCACACUUGGAAACGGCUCAGUGAACCACCUACUAGGGCCGUGAAACCCCGGGUGUGUCCACCCUUCUUCCACCGACUGCCGGGCUCGGGGUCCCGGCCGGUGAGUCGGGCUGCCCCUGAGCCCCGGGAGUCGGAAGAAGACUCAGAGACGCUUUGGACCGUGCCACCACUGGCCCCCAGCUGGGACGUGGACAUGCUUCCCACGCAACGUCCACCCUCCCCCUGGCCAGGAGGCGUGAGUAGCCGCAGGGGCUUAUCCAGGCAGCCCCUUGUGCCAGAAAACCCCUUCCUGGAGCAUUUGGGGCCUGUGCCGUUCCCCACACCCAAGCCCAAGGACUCAACUUCUGACGCAGUCAAUGUCUUCCUGGGUAGACACUGUGAACCAGGCUCUGAACAGCUACUCAAAUCUGCAGGCCUGAGCCCUGUGAAGCCAGAAGAAUCCGGGCUGGUAGACCCCCAGACACCAUCAGAGCCUGAGCCUCCAAACAUGACACCCCCCAAGGAUCUCAUCCCAGAGAAGGCGCCAAGGCCCAGCUUAUCCCACCCAUUGGCCACGUGUGACCGGAUGAGGGCCAUAUGGCCACCAUGGCGCCAUUGGAUGACAAUGCCCAGAGUCCCUGGCCCCUUGGCACCCACUGGGGCUCCUGAGCCCCUGCCUGAGGGAGGCAAGCAGUGCCAGGCUGGGCCUGGGCAAUGUGCAGUGGUCAUGCCUCAGGUGCAAAAGCUGAGUUCCUUCCAGCAAGUGGGUCGUGCCACCCUGCAGCCCCCAGUCCAGCCAGCCCAGGACCCCCAGCCCAGCCCAGAGCCUCGAGCCUGGAGUCUGCGCCGGGCCCGCCUCUUGCAGCCGGCGGAGGGCCACCGACCCUGGCCACGAGUGCACACCUGCCCCCCAUCCCGCCGCUUGGGCCCUGAAGCUGCCUACCUGCCCCACAGGGGCGCCUGGAAAGAGGUUGGCCCCCAAAGUUGGCAAAAUAAGAUGCACUCCAUCCGCAGCCUGCCGUCCCUGCGGUCCCGUGAACAGCGAGGGGAAGACGGUGUGGAGGACAUGACGCAGCUGGAAGACCUCCAGGAGGCUACUGUGCUGUCCAAUAUCAAGACCAGAUUUGAACGGAACCUCAUCUAUACAUACAUUGGUAGCAUCCUGGUGGCGGUGAACCCGUACCGGAUGUUGGGGAUCUACGGGCCAGAGCAGGUGCAGAAGUACAACGGGCGGGCUCUGGGAGAGAAUCCACCACACCUCUUUGCAAUUGCGAAUCUCGCCUUCGCCAAAAUGCUCGAUGCCAAACAGAACCAGUGCAUAAUCAUCAGUGGAGAAAGCGGCUCUGGCAAAACCGAGGCCACGAAGCUGAUUCUGCGCUACCUGGCCGCCAUGAACCAGAAGCAGGGCAUCACCCAGCAGAUAAAGAUCCUGGAGGCAACACCCCUCUUGGAGUCCUUUGGUAACGCGAAAACCGUAAGGAAUGACAACUCCAGCCGCUUUGGGAAGUUCAUGGAGAUCUUUCUGGAAGGGGGCAUGAUCUCUGGUGCCAUGACUUCCCAGUACCUGCUCGAGAAAUCCAGGAUUGUGUUUCAGGCCAAAAAUGAGCGCAACUACCACAUCUUCUAUGAGCUGCUGGCUGGGCUGCCUGCCCAGCUCCGCCAAACUUUCAGCCUACAGGAGGCCGAGACCUACUACUACCUGAACCAGGGUGGGAACUGUGAGAUCCAGGGGAAGAGUGAUGCAGAUGACUUCCGGCGGCUCUUGGCCGCCAUGGAGGUGCUGUGCUUCAGCGGUGAGGACCAGGACAGCAUCUUCCGCAUCUUGGCCUCCAUCCUGCACCUGGGCAAUGUCUACUUCGAGAAGUACGAGACGGAUGCACAGGAGGUGGCCUCGGUGGUGAGCGCCCGGGAGAUCCAGGCUGUGGCGGAGCUGUUGCAGAUCUCCCCCGAGGGCCUGCAGAAGGCCAUCACAUUCAAAGUGACUGAGACAAUGCGAGAGAAGAUCUUCACACCCCUGACUGUGGAAAGCGCUGUGGACGCCAGGGACGCCAUUGCCAAGGUUUUGUAUGCACUGCUGUUUGGCUGGCUCAUCGCCAGGGUGAAUGCACUGGUGUCCCCAUCACAGGACACGAAGUCCAUCGCCAUCCUAGACAUUUAUGGCUUUGAGGACCUGAGCUUCAACAGCUUUGAGCAGCUGUGUAUCAACUAUGCAAAUGAGAACCUUCAGUACCUUUUCAACAAGAUUGUCUUCCAGGAGGAGCAGGAGGAGUAUGUCCGUGAGCAGAUCAACUGGCAGGAGAUCACCUUUGUCGACAACCAGCCCUGCAUCAACCUCAUCUCGCUGAAGCCCUAUGGCAUCCUGCGCAUCCUUGAUGACCAGUGUUGCUUUCCCCAGGCCACAGACCACACGUUCCUGCAGAAGUGCAACUACCACCAUGGCACCAACCCACUCUACUCCAAACCCAAGAUGCCACUGCCUGAGUUCACCAUCAAGCACUACGCAGGCAAAGUCACUUACCAGGUGCACAAGUUUCUGGAUAAGAACCACGACCAAGUGCGCCAGGACGUGCUAGACCUGUUUAUAAAGAGCCGGACGCGAGUGGUAGCAUACCUCUUUGCCAGCCAUGCCCCACAAGCUGCUCCGCAGCGCCUGGGCAAGAGCAGCUCCGUUACCCGACUCUACAAGGCACACACGGUGGCCGCCAAGUUCCAGCAGUCGCUCCUGGAUCUGGUAGAGAAGAUGGAGAAGUGUAGCCCCUUGUUUGUGCGCUGCCUGAAGCCCAACCACAGGAAGGAGCCAGGCCUCUUUGAGCCAGAGGUUGUAAUGACACAGCUGCGCUACUCAGGGGUGCUGGAGACUGUGCGCAUCAGAAAGGAGGGCUUCCCUGUGCGGCUGUCUUUCCAGAUAUUCAUUGACAGGUACCGCUGUCUAGUGGCCCUCAGGCACAACGUGCCAGCCACUGGGGACAUGUGUGUGUCGGUGCUGAGCCGCCUGUGCAGUGUUACACCAAACAUGUACCGAGUUGGAGUCAGCAAGCUGUUCCUUAAGGAACAUCUGUACCAGCUGCUGGAGAGCAUGCGGGAGCGGGUCCUGCACCUGGCAGCUGUCACAUUGCAGCGCUGCCUCCGUGGCUUCCUCAUCCAGCGGCGAUUCCGCUCACUGCGCCACAAGAUCAUCCUGCUGCAGAGCCGGGCCCGAGGCUACCUGGCCAGGCAGCGGUAUCAGCGGAUGCGGAGGGGCCUGUUGAAGUUCCGGUCCCUGGUGCACUUGUACAUAAGCCGCCGGCGCUACCUCAAGCUAAAGGCAGAGCAGAGGCACCAGGUGGAGGAGGCACGGCUGCGGGAGCAGGAGGAGCUGAGCAAGCGGGAGCUGGUGGCUGUGGGACACCUGGAGGUACCUGCUGAGCUGGCUGGGCUCCUGCAAGCGGCAGCAGGCCUCAGGCUAGCCCAGGCGCCCCAGGUGGCCCCCAUGCGGACUCCCCGGCUCCAGGCUGAGCCCCGUGUCACGUUGCCCCUGGAUAUCAACAACUACCCAAUGGCCAAGUUUGUUCGGUGUCACUUCAAGGAACCUGCCUUUGGGAUGCUGACAGUGCCCCCGAGGACCCCCCUCACGUGCCUGCCAGCAGAGCACCACAGGGAAGCUGUGUGCAUCUUCAAGCUGGUGCUGCGUUUCAUGGGGGACACCCACCUGCAUGGAGUCCAGGAGCAGGUCUUUGGGAACUACAUUGUGCAGAAAGGGCUGGCGGUGCCUGAGCUGCGCGAUGAGAUCCUGGCACAGCUGGCCAAUCAGGUGUGGCGCAACCCGAAUGCCCACAAUGCCGAGCGGGGCUGGCUGCUGCUGGCCACCUGCCUCAGCAGCUUCACACCCUCCUCACGCCUCAACAAGUACCUCCUCAAGUUUGUGUCUGAUUAUGGUCAGAAUGGCUUCCAGGCUGUGUGUCAGCAGCGCCUCGUGCAGGCCAUGGGCCGGGCCCAGCAGCAGGGCUCCAGGGUCGCCCGCACCUUCCCCCCAACCCAACUUGAGUGGAAAGUCACCCAGGAGAAGGCCAGCAUGGCACUGGAUGUGGGCUGCUUCAAUGGGGACCAGUUUUCCUGCCCAGUGCACUCAUGGAGUACAGGGGAAGAGCUGGCUGGAGACAUCCUAAGGCACAGGGGAUUGGCAGAUGGCUGGCGGGGCUGGACAGUCGCCAUGAAGAACGGGGUCCAGUGGGCGGAGCUGGCUGGCCACGACUACGUGCUGGACCUGGUGUCAGACCUAGAGCUACUCAGGGACUUUCCGCGGCAAAAGUCCUACUUCAUUGUGGGCGCGAAAGGGCCCGUGGCUGGCAAGGGAGGCCCCAGCGUGGUGUUUGGGAGCAGCUGGGACUCAGAUGAGGAUAUGCCCGUGAGGCCUCCGCCCCAGGGACAUGUGCCCCAAGUACCUGACUCCUAUAGGCACUGCAGCCACAAUGAGGGUAGUACAAAUGGGGAGACUGAGGCCCAGGGAGAGAACAGCAACUCACCCAUGUCAACCAGUACAGACUGGGACAACCUUGGCGAGCCUGCUGUGCCCCACAGGGGGCUGGACUGCUACCUGGACAGCCUCUUUGACCCGGUGCUAUCCUACGGGGAUGCGGACCUGGAGAAGCCAACAGCCAUUGCCUACCGCAUGAAGGGGGGAGGCCAGCCUGGUGGAGGUGGCAGCAGCAGCUCUGAAGACACCCCUGGGAGACCCCCAGAGCCAAAGCCAAUCCCAGGCCUGGACGCCUCCACGCUGGCCCUGCAGCAAGCCUUCAUCCGCAAACAGGCCGUGCUGCUGGCUCGAGAGAUGACUCUGCAGGCCAUGGCACUCCAGCAGCAGCCCUUGGGCCCCGCCCCGAGACCCCUGCCCCCUGAGAAGCCCUUAGUGCCAGAGGCAUGGCCAAAGUCUGUGGGUACUGGGCCCCCCGCCAAGUCCGUGCUCCUGCGCUCUGCCCCAAGGCCUGUGACCCCAGCCCCCACAACCAAGGCUCCCAGGCCCCCCACCAAGCCCGCAGCUGUCCCUGUUCUAGCUCAGGACCGGGCUUCUCCAGAAACCAGUGAGUCCUCCCUAGAGCUGGUCCGGCAUUCGAAGCUGAACUCUGAGCACUUCCCCCAGCCCACACAGCAGAUCAAGAACAUCGUGCGUCAGUACCAGGCACCCCGGGGAGGCCGGCCCGAGGCCCUAAGGAAGGAUGGUGGGAAAGUGUUCAUGAAGUGGCCAGACCCCCACGAGGAGGCCCUGAUGCUCCUGAAGGAACAGAUGACUCACCCAGCAGCAGCACCUGGCACCCAGGUGCCCAGAGAGGCCGUGGCCUUGGUGAAGCCGGUGACCAGUGUGCAGAGGCCAUCUAUGGAACCCACCCCAGAGCUGCCCUCCCGGUCGCUGGAGCCCCUAGAGGAGCCCGUGCAGACGCGACUGCACCGCCUCAUCAACCCCACCUUCUACGGCUACCGGGAUGCCCCCUGGAGGAUCUUCCUGCGCAAAGAGGUGUUUUACCCCAAGGACAACUACAAUCACCCUGUGCAGCUAGACCUCCUGUUCCGGCAGAUCCUGCAUGACACACUCUCCGAGGCCUGCCUGCGCAUCUCCCAGGACGAGCGGCUCAGAAUGAAGGCCCUGCUUGCCCAGAACCAGCUGGACACACAGAGGCCCCUGGUGACGGAGAGCAUGAAGCGGGCCGUGGUCAACACUGCACGAGACAGCUGGGAGGUCUACUUCUCUCGCCUCUUCCCCGCCACGGGCAGCGUGGGCACUGGUGUGCAGGUCCUAGCUGUGUCUCACGUGGGCAUCAAACUUCUGCGGAUGGUCAAGGGCAGCCGGGAGGCCAGCGGGCAGCUUCGGGUUCUUCGCACAUACAGCUUUGCAGACAUCUUGUUUGUGACCAUCCCCUCCCAGAACAUGCUGGAGUUCAACUUGGCCAGCGAGAAAGUCAUCCUCUUCUCAGCCCGUGCUCACCAGGUCAAGACCCUGGUAGACGACUUCAUCUUGGAGCUGAAGAAGGACUCGGACUAUGUGGUGGCUGUGAGAAACUUCCUGCCUGAGGACCCGGCACUGCUGGCCUUCCACAAGGGCGACAUCAUCCACCUACAGCCCCUGGAGCCGCCCCGAGUGGGCUACAGCGCUGGCUGUGUGGUCCGCAAGAAGGUCGUGUACCUGGAGGAGCUGCGACAUGGAGGGCCUGACUUCGGCUGGAGGUUUGGGACCAUCCACGGACGUGUGGGCCGCUUCCCCUCAGAGCUGGUGCAGCCCGUGGCCGCCCCUGACUUCCUGCAGCUGCCAGCCGAGCCGGGCAGGGGCCGAGCUGCUGCUGUGGCUGCUGCUGUGGCCUCUACCGCAGCUGCUCAGGAGGUGGGCCGCUGGAGAGAGGGUUCCACAUCCAGGGUGGGCACACCUGACUGCCGGAAGGAUGCCCUGGCUCCUCCACAGCUUCCUAUGCUCGAGUUUGCACAGAAAUAUUUCCGAGACCCGCAGAAGAGACCCCAGGAUGGUCUCAAGCUGAAAUCCAAGGAGUGUUGGGUGUCCAGAAACUUGGAGGAUAUGCUUUGCUUCACUAAGAUCCCACUCCAGGAAUCCCUCAUCGAAUUCAGCGACAGCAGCCUCAACAAGAUGGCCACUGACAUGUUCCUAGCUGUAAUGAGGUUCAUGGGAGACGUCCCGCUGAAGGGCCAGAGCGAACUGGAUGUGCUGUGCACCCUCCUGAAGCUGUGUGGGGACCAUGAGGUCAUGCGGGAUGAGUGUUAUUGCCAAGUUGUGAAGCAGAUCACGGACAACACCAGCACCAAGCAGGACAGCUGCCAGCGAGGCUGGCGGCUGCUGUCCAUCGUGGCCGCCUACCACAGCUGCUCCGAGGUCUUCCAGCCAUAUCUCCUCCGCUUCCUCCAAGACAUGAGCCAGGCCUCGGGCCUGCCCUUCCAGGGUAUUGCCAAGGCCUGUGAGCAGAACCUGCAGAAAACUUUGCGGUUCGGCGGCCGUCUGGAGCUCCCCAGCAGCAUGGAGCUUCGGGCCAUGUUGGCUGGCCGAAGUUCCAAGAGACAGCUCUUUCUUCUCCCUGGAGGCCUUGAACGCCAUCUCAAAAUCAAGACAUGCACAGUGGCCCUGGAUGUGGUGGAGGAGAUUUGUGCUGAGAUGGCUCUGACGUGCACCGAGGCCUUCGAUGAGUAUGUCAUCUUCGUUGUCACCAACCGAGGCCAGCACGUGUGCCCACUCAGCCGCCGUGCCUACAUCCUGGAUGUGGCCUCAGAGAUGGAGCAGGUGGAUGGCGGCUACAUGCUCUGGUUCCGGCGUGUGCUCUGGGAUCAGCCGCUCAAGUUUGAAAAUGAGCUGUAUGUGACAAUGCACUAUAACCAGGUCCUGCCUGACUACCUGAAGGGCCUCUUCAGCAUGCUGCCCAGCCGGCCCAGCGAGCAACAGCUGCAGCAAGUGUCCAAGCUGGCCUUACUGCAGCACUGUACCAAGGACCACUUCUACCUGCCCAAUGUGUGGGAGGUCCGGGAGUACAUUCCAGCCCAGCUCUACCACACAACAGCCGGCUCCACCUGGCUCAGCCUGAUCAGCCAGCACUGGCAGCAGACACAGGCACUUAGUCCCCACCAGGCCCGCGCCCAGUUUCUGGGCCUCCUCAGCGCCUUGCCCAUGUUUGGCUCUUCCUUCUUCUUCGUCCAGAGCUGCAGCAACAUGGCUGUGCCAGCUCCUUGCAUCCUUGCUGUCAACCAUAACGGCCUCAACUUCCUCAGCACCGAGACCCAUGAGCUAAUGGUGAAGUUCCCCCUGAAGGAGAUCCAGUCAACCCGGACCCAGCGGCCCACGGCCAACUCCAGCUACCCCUACGUGGAGAUCACACUGGGGGACAUGGCGGCCCAGCAUACCCUGCAGCUGCAACUGGAGCAGGGUCUAGAGUUAUGUCGAGUGGUGGCUGCCCACGUGGAGAACCUUCUCAGUGCCCGAGAGAAGCGGCUCACACUGCCCCCCAGUGAGAUCACCCUGCUCUGACUGACUCUGGCCUCCAGCUGCCCUCUGUCAGAAGACCUGGGGUCUGUAAGGGGCCAAGACUUGGGGGAGGCCAAGAGGAGGCAGGAGGAGCUACCCAAGUCCCCAAGACCCGUUGAGGACCAAUCUAGAGUUGAGGUGGAGUCACAGCAUGCAGCGAACAGGAGGA